UUAAGUGGAUACCUACAGCACUAAUUUUGAAAUCUAAAGUUCGUUGCCUUUUUUUUUCUUUUAUAAAUAGUUACUUGAAAUUCGCAGUUGAUUCUGUUAGCAUCCUCGAAGAGGAACAAUCUAUGGAGCAGCAAAGAAAAGAAGCAACUGAGCGUUUGCUUUCCACUCAAGGACACAACAACCUUUUUUACAGUGAAGAAAAUGAUGGUGUCUGUGUCGGGGAUGGAGGGUUGGUGGCUGUUUCCAAUUUUACCAGCAUUCUUGGUCUUAGCAUCUUCAUGGCUGCUUGCAUUACCUUUGGUUUUGGCUGUGCCAUAGGAUAUUCAUCGCCUACUCAAUCUUCAAUCAUGGAAGACUUGGGACUUUCUGUGACUGAGUUCUCACUUUUUGGUUCAAUUCUGAGUAUUGGAUCACUAAUAGGUGCUGCAAUAAGUGGGAAGAUAACAGAUUUGUUUGGUCGGAAACUGACCAUGUGGAUUUUGAAUUUGUUCUACAUCGGUGGAUGGCUUGCCAUAGCAUUUACAAAGGCCCCUUGGUUGCUUAACCUUGGAAGAAUAUCACUAGGAUUCACAAAUGGAAUUUCCGGUUACUUGGCGCCCAUCUACAUUGCAGAAAUAACAACAAAGAAUGUCAGGGGAAGGUUUACAACCAUAUUGCAGUUGAUGGUUGGUUGGGGCGCGUCGUUCAUGUAUGUUGUUGGUUCCUUUGUCCAUUGGCGCACAUUGGCUCUGUUAGCCACGAUUCCCGGUCUGCUUCAAGUCCUACUCAUCUUCUUCAUACCAGAAUCUCCUCGAUGGCUGGCAAAAGUUGGUCGUGAGAAAGAGCUUGAAGCCGCUUUGUUGUGCCUCAGGGGAGAUAAAGCUGAUAUUUCUGAUGAAGCAAUUGAAAUAAAAAAUCAUGUGGAGUCUCUUAAAAGUUCCUCAAGGGGAGGAAUUGUAGACAUAUUUCAAAAGAAGUAUGUUCGGCCAUUGCUUACUGUUGUUGGAAUGAUGGUCCUAACAAAUUUGGGAGGAAUAAAUGCAUUUGCAUACUAUUCUGGUGCUAUUUUUGUCUCAGCUGGUAUAUCGAGCAUGGUAGGACUCAUCACACUAGCUGCUACUCAGACAGUAGUUGGUAUUUUGGGUACAACCAUAAUUGAUAAAUUAGGAAGGCGACCACUCCUACUGGUUUCAUCAGCUGGAUUAUGCUUUAGUAGCUUCCUCACAGGAGUAUCAUUCUUCUUAAAGGAUUUUAAUUGGUGGGAUCAAGGUAGUCCUAUUUUGGCAUUCAUUGGCUUAUUGAUGUAUAUGGGCUCGUAUGCACUUGGCGGAGGACUACCAUGGCUGCUAGUAUCAGAGGUCUGCAAACUGUUUUCACCUAUGUUGCUCCAACUCUUCAUGUUUCUCCAAUUAUUCCCAAUAAAUGUAAAAGGUUCAGCAGGAAGCAUCUGUAAUUUUAUGGGCAAUUCCACUGGUUGGGUUGUUGGAUACUACUUUAACUUGCUAACUGAAUGGAGCUCAGCAGGGAUAUUCUUUACAUUUUCAGCAUUUUGCUGUGCAAAUUUCAUCCUAAUAGCGACGAUGGUACCCGAGACUAAAGGACGAACACUGGAGGAAAUCCAAGCAUCAAUUACUCCCUCUUCAGACUGAAACAGCAGCGGCUUUUCCAAAAGUUAUUUCAUCAUCAGCAAUUUGCUUUAAAUCUUGAUCUGUCUUGCUGUUGCAUAUGCCAAACUCUUUAGCGACAUUGUUGCUCUUAUACUACAACAUACCAUCGAUACGAAUAGGUAACGAUGGGACCUGACAAGGCUAAAACCCAGCAACACUAGUUUAUCUGUCCCUAUCAUUAGGCAAUAUCUGGAUCCUGUUAGCUCACUUAUUAAGUAUGAAAUUUAAUUAGGAUUGCUUGAUUAACAAGUGAGCCACUUGCUUUUGUGGUUGACCAAUUAGAACAUUGGUUGACGUUGUUAAAAUGGGGUUAUUGGUAUGUGGGUGGUGUGACUAGCAUAUAUAUGAAAAAUAUUUAGCCAUGGGAAAAACGGUGUCUUCUUAGGUUCACA